AUGGCGCCAGACGCAGAAUCGCGCAAAGGCGCAGACCAGACCAUCAAGGUCGCCUCCAAAAAGGACUCGAAGAAUGCAACCAUCAAGCUGAAGAAGUCGGUUCCGAAGCACAACAAGCCGGGCAACUGGAUGGAGGGCAGCGUGGUCGAUGAAGAGAAAAAAAAGUCUAGCAGUGCAACAACCCCUUCAGUACCCGUGUCUCCGGGGCCCGUCGUUAACCAGCUAGAUGACCUAUCCCGCGAGACGUUUACCACCGGACGACCCCUGGAGGACAACCCCGAGCUCCAGCAGUGCAAGCAUUGCAAGAAGAGCAUAUUGAAGACGGCCGCCAAGGCGCACGUUGCGCAGUGCCUCAAGGUCAAGAAGGAGAAGGCGCAGCGGAAGAAGGAGGCCCGGGAGGCGAGGGAACGGGCCAAGGAGGCAGCCAGGGAGGAAGAGGCCAAGAAGAACGACGACGACAACGCCGACGGCAAGGACGAAGACAGCGAGGCCGAGGACGAAAAGAAGGCCGGGAAGAAGGCCGCCAGCAAGAAGCCGGACGACAAGGCCAGCAAGAAACGCAAAGCAGAUGUCGACGUCGACAAGGGCCCCAAGGCGAAGAAGAAGAAGGAUGAGCCGAAAGCCAAGCUGCCCAAACCAAAAGGACCUGUUGAUGUAGAGCGUCAGUGUGGCGUGAUGCUACCCAAUGGACAGCCGUGCGCUCGUUCUUUGACGUGCAAGAGCCACUCAAUGGGAGCCAAACGUGCCGUCUCGGGCAGGUCUUUACCUUACGAUAUGCUUCUGGCUGCGUACCAGAAAAAGAACCAGGCCAAGCAGCAGAAGGCCGCAUUGGAUGCAAACGCACCCCUCGAAGACGACGACGACGCCAACAAUGGCCCAGUAGAUUCUGAUGAAGAGACGGGCGCCGUCAUGAAUGCCCUGGCCAACUGGAACCCCCAGCCCCUGAUACCCCAGCCCGUCUUCAACCCCAUUAAGCGGCAGUAUCAACUGGCGAGGCUCCACGAGCAACUGCAGAUGGCCACUAACGGCGGCCGCACAAACAUCUUCAAGGUCACGGGCUUCGGCGCCCAGAGACUGCGGACGGGCCACCCGGGGCUGUUGGAUAACGAAGACGCUCCCGGCGAGCCCGACGUGGAGUCCAUGUCCAUGCCGGGGUCGGCGCGACAGGCGAGUUUCGGCAUGCCUGCGCCGCCACAGAGGCAAGCCUCGGUGGCGAGCCGGGCGUAGA